ACGCUCUGGGUAGUCCAUGUGCUUGGACGCGAGGCCUUGAUUGACCGGCGGAUCUUGGCUGAGAGCGACCUUUCGGUUGUGCGAGGGAGCCCCAUGUAGAUAGGGACCAUGCUCGGCGUACUCGACAAAGUGUCUGUCAACUAAAUGUCCGUCAACACGAAAUGUCUGUUGACAAAGUGUCUGUCAACAAAAUAUCUGUCAACACAAUGUCUGUCAACACAAUGUCUGUCAACACAAUGUCUGUCAACACAAUGUCUGUCAACACAAUGUCUGUCAACCAAAUGUCUGUCAACACAAAAUGUCCGUCAACGCGAGCAUCGCAGUAUCCAGUGUCGAUAGUCUCCACUUGGUUGAGAUUUCACUGCUUCAAGGUGGUAGCGGCGUCGACGACGCCGCAGACUGCAAUGCUGCGUGUCGAAGAGGAGACGGGGGGCGGAAGAUGCGUGACAAAGUCGGGGACCGUGACAUCACUCGACAAGGAUCAAACGAGCACGCUGCUCUUCACUUCAGACGGUAGCGAUGAGAAGGGCAUUCCUCAUGCCCGAGGUCGCAGUGGCGUGUGUAGUGUAGUGAGAGUCAGUGAGUAAGUAGGCGAUGGUGAAGUAUGAAUAAUAGUACACUGCAUUGCUGAAUACAUGCAGACGGCCGCUUUUGAUCCGCCUUGGACGCCCAUCGAGUCGACGACGUGACGAUGUGACGAUGUGACGAUGUGAUGAUGUGACGAUGUGAUGAUGUGAUGAUGUGAUG